AUUCAACUAUCCUCAAGUAUCGCUUGAUUGGAAUUCCUCAGACAAGCCAUGUAAGCCGAUCGCCCUAGAAGAACAACAGCACUAAUCCCGGCCAAGCCAACUUUAUCUCGACCACAGCCAAGCCGCCUGCGAAAGUGGCACGCGUGCUCGUUCGGAAAAGGCAUGCAUAAGCAAAGCGUCUUCGCGUCGAAAAAAACAUAGAACGCGCCAUAGAAGCCGGUUCUCGACAUUGCGUGGGUCGCGGUUCUAACCUGACCUUUAGCCUCUGUGUAGCCAAGGGCAAUAGACUAGUCGUUCACCACCGUUCCUUUCUCGAGCGCCCAGCCGCCGCGUAAAAGCCAGCGAAUAUUUCUGUCCAGUCGCGAACUCUCACCACGACAAACGGACGCGAGGCUAGGCACGAGAAGAAAGCACUCUCCCACCUCAAUCGAAACUCACUUCCACACCACUUCUGCCUUCCGGGCAGCUCCGUAUGGCCGUCACGACAGUAACUCGGUCCAGCGGCACCAAGCGCAAAAGUCAGGAAGAAGCUAUGUCAACUCUUGACGAUGCUUCUACCGCUGAUGGCCACGACCACAACGGUCUCUAUCCGUCUCAGCCCGAGAAUGCUCCCCCAAUGCCGAAGAAGAAGCGCGGAGGCAAGCCGAAAGGAGCACAGAAGUUUACCGAGACCGAUGAGCUUCGGAUGCUAAAUUCCGUCGGGGAAACGGUUACGAGCGGCCAUCACAUGGGUGACAUCUGGCGGACAGUCGAGGUUGCGUACAACCGGCGAUGCGACGAGGCGUGCGCGGGAAGAAAGCACCGUGAUUUCAAAUUCCUGCGGAAACACUUCGCCAAUCUUCUCAGUUUCUGCGACCCAGCCACCGACCCAACAUGUCCGCCGAACAUUAUCCGUGCCUACGAGCUCCAGAGAGCUAUCGAGGAGAUGCAUAUUGUCGUCUUAUGUGACAGGGAAGAACCCAUGUCUGCACGCAGCGCUUUACAUCCGACACGGAGGAUGGUUUCGGUCAAUUCGACGCGACCGAAUGCCGUCGGUAUCGCUACCACUCCCGCUCGCGAACCCCUUUUCUCCCCGGACGCUAUGCCCACCGGCUAUCGGGUUGGCGACUCGCACGGACAGCAAAUGACAGUCGACGCCGGCAACGAUAUGCAGAGCGACCACGACGCCGGCGUUCGGAAGAUCGCUCAAGGUCCCGCUCCAACGCCCUCUGCAGCCCAACAGGCCCCCCGUAGUUACUCGGUUAUGGAUCCUUUUGGCUUGGGCAGCGACACGCCGGCGGGUCGGUCAAGCAUGGGCAUCGAGGCACCUGUUUCCACGAUCAGGCAAAGGGGCCCUCCCCCGACCCCAACCAUCAGCAACGACGGUAUGGGUGUGUUCGCUCCGCCCUCGGAAUCACAAUACCAAUUCUAUCGAGAUUUUGUGCCCCGGAGCUGCUACGAGACGCUGGAGAAGCUGUUACUAGAGGAGAAGGCGGAGCGGAAGGAGGCGCAAACGAGGGCGGAGAGGCUCGAGAAGGAAAAUCAGAGGCUCAAAGACAACCACCAUACGUCUCUGCUCACUCUGCAGAAACUUCAGGCGAAACAAAAUGCGGGCGGUGGGGAGAGGUCGUAAAGCUGCCACGGCUGUGUCGGACAUGGGAGUUUUCGGUGCGUCAUCUGGAAGAUAGGUAGUUCUUUGGUAUUUAUUUUCUAAGGUAUAGAAUGGAUUUCGGUUAAUGCGGUCUGCGGAGUCAUUGCGGGGAGGAAUUUACGCAUCGUUUUUUUGUGUCGAGGUGUGGACGGGUGUGUCUAUGGGAUUUUUCAUGCGCAUGGGGAAAAUCGAGAUAUACCAUAUGUUACAAUAUUUUCUCAGCUUUCUAGUUGACGUUGUUCGUG